AGCCUCAGCUCUCUCCACCAGGAUCUUCCAAGAUGUCAGGUGUAGGAGGUGGUGAGGGUUUAAGACUGAAAUUUGGGCUCUGUUUAAGAUGACAACACAAUAAAUUUGAGAACCAUGAUUGAAAUUAAUCCCUAUUGAUGCACUAUCAAUUACUCCAAAAGACUGGAAGUAGAGUAAAUACUGAAAGGCUUUUAUUAACAGUAAAUGGACCCACGUCCAUGCUGUAUGUCUGUCCUGAACAGGAGGAACAGUGACACAAUCACCUUUAUUCAGGGGUCUGUGGGAGGAGCCACAGGAGCAGUCAGCAGAGGGGUGUGUCCAGACAGGGAACCCACUUACAACCUAUAUACAUGGUUUACCACACCUACUUAACGUUUUACAGUAAUGUGUACACUCAGUGGCCACUUUAUUAGUACAGAGUGGGACCCAGUGUGGUCUUCUGUUGCUGUAGCCCAUCCGCUUCAAGGUUUGAUGUGCUGUGCAUUCAGAGAUGCUGUUCUGCACACCACUGUUGUAACACAUGGUUACUUGAGUUACUGUCACCUUCCUGUCAGCUUGAUCCAGUCCGGCCAUUCUCCUCUGACCUCUCUCAUUAACAAGGCAUUUCCCCCACACAGAGCUGCUGCUCACUGGAUGUCUUUAGUUUUUCAUAUCAUUCUCUGUAAACUCUAGACUGUUGUGUGUGUGGAAAUCCCAGGAGAUCAGCAGUUUCUGAGAUACUCAAACAUCUCAUCUGGCACCAACAGCCAUUUCACAGUCAAAGUCACUUAGAUCACAUUUUUUUCCUAUUCUGAUGAUCAGUCUGAACAACAACUGAACCCCUCGACCUGGUCUGCAUGCUUUUAUGCAUCGAAGCUCUUGCCAGAUGUUUGGCUGAUUAGAUAUUUGUAAGAACAAGCAAGUGUACGAGUGUACCUAAUAAAGUGGCCACUGUGUGAACAUUAAGUUUAAUGUAGGAGAUUUCUAUUGGUGUUAAUUGAAUUGGUAAAUUGGUUUAUCAUUGUCACAUGUACCAUGGUAGAGUGAAAAAUAUUGUUUUUGCAUACCAUCCACACAUAAAAUUUCAUCACAUUUGUACAUCAAGUAGAUAGAUAUUUUAUUGAUUCCAAAGGAAAUUACAGUGUCACAGCAGCAUUACGUGUACAGAUAUGCAAGUAUACAAAUAUUAGAAGAGAAGUAAGAAAGAAUAAAAAAUAAGUUGCCUCAAACAGUCUAACAGGAGGGGGUCAUCACUUCCCCGGCUAUAGGUUGGCUCAUUAUAGAGCCUAAUGGCCGAGGGUAAGAAUGACCUCAUAUCGCACUCUUUGGAGCAGCACUGUUGUCUUAGUCUAUUACUAAAAGUGCUCCUCCAUUCAGCUAAGGUGGCAUGCAGAGGGUGCGAAACAUUGUCCAGAAUUACCAGGGUUUUCUGUAGGGUCUUUUGUUCUACCACAGUCUCCUGUGUGUCCAGUUUGACUCCUAUAACAGAGCCAGCCUUUCUAAUCAGUCUAUUGAGUCAGUUGGCAUCACCCAUGUUGAUGCCAUUGCCCCAGAACACCACUGCAUAGAAGAUUGUACUGGCGACAACAGACUGGUAGAACAUGUGAAGGAGAGGCCAGCAUACUCCAAAGGACCUCAGUGUCCUCAAGAAGUAGAGGCAACUCUGGCCCUUCUUGUACACAGCCUCUGUGUUGGUGCUCCACUCAAGUCAGUCAUCCAGGUGCAGCCCCAGGUACUUGUAGGUCCUCAUCACAUCUUCAUCCUCACCAUCAAUAGUAACAGGGAGCAAUGCAGGCUUAGACACAGAUGAUUCAGCUUGCACCAUUUGACAAAGUCCUCCACUAGGGCACUUCAUUCUCCUGUCCUCCCUUUAUACAGCCAACUAUUGCUGAGUCAUCAGAAAAUUUCUGCAGAUGACAUGGCUCAGUGUUGUAUCUGAAGGCUGAGGUAUACAGGGAAGGAAGCCAGUACAGACCCCUGUGGGACCCCAGUGGGACCCCAGUGCAGCUUAUAGCCAUGUCUGAUACACAGCUCUGAAGCCGCACAUACUGUGGUCUGCCAGGUAGUACAAGAGAAAGCAACAACAGAAUAGAGAAUAAAGUGUUAACGUGCUGUGCAGGCAGACCAGAAAGUGCAAGGCUACAAUGAGGUAGAUUGUGAAGUCAAGAGUUCAUCUUAUCAUACCAGGGAACCAUAUAACACCUUGAGCCUGAUAAUACAUGCUUUCAAGCUUUUGUAUCUUCUGGCCAAUGGGAGGGGGGCAAAGAGAGAACGUCCAGGACGUAUGUUAUAUCGCCUGCUUUAGCAAGGCAGCGAGACAUGCAGACAGAGUCCAUGGAUUGGAGUCUAGUUUCUGCGAUACACUGAUAGCCAUGAAUUUAAGCAAAGUUUGAUAUGAAUGGUACAUUCACUAGAGAGUACACUUCUGGCCUCCAGUCUCUCCCUUUCAUGAAGGAAUUAAAAUUUUUUAGCACGUUCUGUGAGUAAGGCUAACAUUCCUUCUCUGCCAAGUGUGUGGAGCGUGACUUGGAAAGAGCAAGAAGCAUUAUAACAUCCAAAGGGCAGCCAAGUAGAUUCUGAACAGACUGGGAAAGGAGUUAUUGUGUGUAGCAUUGGAACAAUGCAUUGUUCUGGGCCUUCCUGCUAGACCGGUGAUGGAUGGGCUUGCUUCAUGGGUUAUUGACUAAAGCAGCACCACUCGCCUCCCAGGAGAUUCUCAUCUGGGGUGCGAUCCCCUUGUUAAUGACACAAACACUAGAAAAUCUGCAGAUGCUGGAAAUGCAAGCAACACACACAAAAUGCUGGAGGAACUCAGCAGUCCAGGCAGCAUCUAUGGACAAGAGUAAAUAAUCGAUGUUUCAGGCUGAGACCCUUCAUAACUGCUCACCAGUGAGGCCUCAUCAAGGUUCAACAUUACAUCCAUGCUAUAUCAUCAUAUAAGCAACAUUCACAAGAAAAACAUAAAUUACACAAAAUCAAACUAGUCCAUGCCAAAACCAUUUAAGCUGCCUCCUCCCGUUGACCUGCACUGGGACUGUAGCCCUCCAUAUCUCUACUAUCCAUGAACCUAUCCAAACUUCCCUUAAAGGUUGAAACUGAUCUUGCAUGGACCACUUGUGCUGGCAGCUCAUUCCACACUCUCACCACCCUCUGAGUGAAGAAGUUUCUCCUCAUGUUCCCCUUAAACUUGUCACCUUUCACCCUUAACCGAUGAACUCUGGUUAUAGCCUCAUUCAACCUCAGUGGAAAAAGCCUGCUUGCAUUUACCCUGUCUGUACCCCUCAUAAUUUUGUAUACCUCUAUCAAAUCUCCUCUCAUCUCAGUUCAGUUCAGUUUAUUGUCAUUUAGAAAUGCAUGCAUUAAAAAAUGAUACAACUUUCCUCCAGAAUGAUAUUACAAGAAAACACAGGACAAACCAAGACUAAAACUGACAAAACCACAUAAUUAUAACAUAUAGUUACAACAGUGCAAAGCAAUAUCUUCUACGUUUUUAAGAAUACAGUCAUAACCUAUUCAAUCUUUCCUUAUAACUCAGGUCCUCCAGACCCAGUAAUAUCCUUGUAAAUUUUCUCUGUACUCCUUCAACCUUGUUUACAUCUUUCAUGUAGGUACGUGACCAAAACUGUACACAAUACUCCAAAUUAGGCCUCACUGUCUUACACAACUUCAACAUUAACAUCCCAUCUCCUAUACUCAGUAAAUUGAUUUAUGAAGGCCAAUGUACCAAAAGCUUUCUUUAUGACCCUGUCUAUCUGUGACACCACUUUCAAUGAAUUAUAGACCUGUAUUCCCAGAUCCCUCUGUUCUCCCACACUCCUUGGUGCCCUAUUGUUAAAUGUGUAAUGUGACGAGAAUACACAUAGAUUAAGAUGUUAGCUGUCCGGUGCUGGCACCAGUGGGAUCAGCAGUUGGUCUGCCACCUGUCUUCAGGAGAAAGAGAGAUAAGGAAAACAAUGGAGCAGCAUUUGGAGAUGUUAAUGAAGGGACGGGAGAGUUUAACGGAAGGAGAGCUGUCAAGAUCAGCUCCCCCUUUGAACCCUGAACUGUUUGAAGUGAUGGACAGGCGAUACCCCAGCAGGGGGAUAAAAAGGGACAGGUUCGCUAAGGCAAGACACACACGACACCCCGAGGUAACGAGACCCUGGAAGCGGUGCGUCUCCCAUAAGUCGGUGGGAAGUUUUGGAAGGCUGGUCGCGGAACCAAGCCAUAGACGCACAGGGUGGAAAGGCACGAUCGGCGGGAACCUGGUGUGUGUCUGCCUUUGCCUGGGUGCCAGGUUCACCGCAGAGAAACGAUCGUAUCUGGAAACAGAGGGGUCACGGUUGGUGACCUCAGAUGACAUCACAAAGGGCUCGCCCGAAAGCUGACUGCGAAGAAUAUCGAAGGUCUGUGUGGAAGCCGUUUGAAUAUUCAUCUGUUUUGCUCUCUCUCUCCUUUCCCCCACACUGUCCAUCUCCCACGGCAGUGAUUACUGCGAACUGAACUGAAUUCAAUUGAACUGAACUUUGCGUCACUUUGAAACUGGUCAUUUACCCCUAGACGACGAUAGAGCUUGAUUGAUCCUGUUAUCCUAAUUCUGUGUACAUGUGUGUUUAUCAUUGCUGAACUGUUGCAUUUAUUAUCCUUUUGAUUAGAGUACUGUGUUGCUUGUUUCUUUAAUAAAAUUUCUUAGUUCUAGUAAUCCAGACUCCAACUGAGUGAUCCAUUUCUGCUGGUUUGGCAACCCAGUCACGGGGUGCCGUUCGAUUGAGUGGAGGAGCCAACCAACAUGAGGGAAGAGUGGAGAUAUUUCACAGAGGACAGUGGGGUACUGUCUGUGACAUGAACUGGGACAACAGAGAUGCCAGUGUGGUUUGCCGGCAGCUGGGCUUGAGUGAGAUCGGUGUCGGGAAGACGAAUUCAUUCUUUGGGUCUGGACAGGGCCCUGUACACAUGACUGCGGUUCACUGCCAUGGGGACGAGGCAGCCUUGGUACAAUGCAGAAAUGGCACAGCCACAGAAGGCAUCUGUGGACAUCACCAUGACGCUGGAGUUGUAUGUGGACCGCCAGAAGGUUCAGUGAUGCCCAUUCGCCUCGUUGGAGGGAAGGAGCACCAUGAAGGACGAAUAGAAGUCUUCCAUGAUGGACAGUGGGGAACUGUCUGUGACGACCAAUGGGAUGAUCUCGAUGCUGAGGUUGUCUGUAGGCAGCUGGGUUUAAGUGGGACAGCCAAGUCUUGGAUGUGGUCUCACUUUGGGCAAGGGUCAGGUCCAAUCCUUCUGGAUGAUGUUGAAUGCACAGGCAAUGAGUUAUCUAUAGAUGAGUGCAGGAAGAGUAACUGGAGAGAGCACAACUGUGACCACACGGAGGAUGCUGGUGUCUCCUGCGACCCUUUCAGAGAUGGUGCUGUGCGGCUGGUUGGAGGCAGAGAUUCCACUGAGGGAAGAUUGGAAAUCUAUCGGAAUGGAGUGUGGGGAACGGUGUGCGAUGAUAUGUGGACUGAACUGAACGCGCAGGUUGUCUGCAGACAGCUGGGAUUCAGAGGCCCUGGACUGGUGGCAUCAGAGGGCAAAUUUGGACAGGGAACUGACUACAUAUUCCUGGAUGACGUGGUCUGCCUGGGAACUGAAAAUGAUCUUCUGGAGUGUGCUCGGAGCAACUGGGGUCAGCACGACUGCUCCCACCAUGAAGAUGUGGGUGUGAUUUGUGCACAGAAAGAGACCAACAAAAUAACAGUGACCCAUACAGGGCCAGUCAUCAGACUAGUGGAUGGAGAGAAUAGGAAGGAGGGGCGAGUGGAAGUGUACCUCGGUGGAGAGUGGGGAAGUGUCUGCGAUGACGGCUGGACUGACGUAGAUGCGAAGGUUGUCUGCAGACAGUUGGGUUACAGUGGCCAGUCCAAAGCGAGAACGAUGGCCUACUUUGGGGAGGGUCGCGGACCCAUUCAUCUGGACAAUGUGAAGUGCACGGGCCACGAGCGCUCACUGGAUGAAUGUGACACACUAGGAUUCGGUGUCCAUAACUGCUGGCACAGCGAGGAUGCAGGCGUGAUCUGCGAUUACGAGGAGGAUGCGUUGGAGGAGCUCGGCAGCAGCGGUUCUUUGCAUUCAGUAUGCGGCCUGCGUUCAAUGAAUCGUCGCAAAAAGCGGAUCAUUGGGGGGAACAAGUCUAUCAGGGGUGGAUGGCCUUGGCAAGCUUCACUGAGACUCAAGAUGUUCCACCGCGGGAGCCGGUUGCUGUGCGGAGCCACAUUGGUCAGCAAUUGCUGGGUGCUGACAGCAGCUCACUGUUUUAAGAGGUUUGGUAAUGACACAAGUCGCUACUUUAUUCGGGUCGGUGACUACCACACAGCCGUGGAGGAUGAAUACGAGCGAGAGAUUCCUGUGGAGAGAAUUGUCAUGCACAGGAACUACAGGCCAGACAGCAGCGAUAAUGACAUAGCACUGGUCAGAAUGAAGGGCAGGGAAGGACACUGUGUGACAUUUAAUCAGUACGCAUCACCUAUCUGCUUACCAGGCAGAAAAGAGAAGAUCAGAAUCAAGAGGCAAUCCUGUUACAUUACCGGCUGGGGAGACACAGGACAAUCCUACUCAAGGACAUUACUUCAAGGUGCUGUUCCCUUACUACCAAAGGACAUCUGUCAAAGGCGCUACAGGAGCAAGUUUACAUCCCGGAUGCUCUGUGCUGGCAAUCUGUCCGAACACAAACGCGUGGACAGUUGCCAAGGAGACAGUGGUGGUCCCCUGGUGUGUCAGCGAACAGAGGGGCGCUGGGUUAUUCUGGGGGUUACCUCCUGGGGAUAUGGUUGUGGAAGGAGAGAUUCUCCUGGAGUUUACACUAAAGUAUCAAAGUUUGUAAACUGGAUCAGGAAAGUGACUGAAACCAAAGUGAAAACUUAGGACAAGGCAUGAAAUGGUGGCUGGGAGUAAAGGAAGAGACUGAGAACUUCUUUCUCAGCUACACUGAGUAAAACUGGGUUAUCAUCAGAAUUCAGGCAAUAUGGUGGCUUUUAUGGUCAUGUUAUGUUGGCAGAUCUGGAUGAAGAAGAUGAGAUAUGAACUUGAAUCCCAGCAAGUCACUGAGGAAUUUAAUCCAGGUUACAUACGCUCAGUGGCCACUUUAUUAGGUACACCUGUACACCUGCUUAUUAAUGCAAAUAUCCGAUCAGCCAAUCACGUGGCAGCAACUCAGUGCAUAAAAGCAUGCAGACAUGGUCAAGAGGUUCAGUUGUUAUUCGGACCAAACAUCAGAAUGGGGAAGACAUGUGAUCCAAAUUACUUUGACCGUGGAAUGAUUGUUGGUGCCAGACGGGGUGGUUUAAAUAUCUCAGAAACUGCUGAUCUCCUGUGAUUUCAUGCACAACGGUCUCUCGAGUUUACAGAGAAUGGUGCAAAAAACAAAAGACAUCCAGUGGGCAGCAGUUCUGUGGGCGAAAACACCCUGUUAAUGAGAGAGGUCAAAGGAGAAUGGGCAGACUGAAUCAAGCUGACAGGAAGGCAACCGUGACUCAAACCAUGUUACAACAGUGGCGUGCAGAAGAGCAUCUCUGAACACACAACACAUCAAACCUUGAAGUGGAUGGGUUACCAAGGCAGGAUUCAAGAUUCAAGACUGUUUAAUGUAAUCUCCAGUAUACAGGUGUAAAGGAGAACAAAAUCAUUGUUACCCUGAUAUAGCACAAAAUAAAACAUACACUAAGGUAAAGAAUACAACAAUAAAAA